CCAUAAUUCAAGACUAGAAAAUGGCAAGAGUUGAGUGAAAAUUGGAUUUUACAUCUAAAGGUCAAAAUGCAGCCUCCACCAAGAAAGGUGAAACCGGCUGUACAGUUGAAGAACAAUCAUGCGGAACAACUCAAUAAACUUCAAGCUAAACAUCAGCAAGAAUAUGAUCUUUUAGAAGACAUCAGAAACUUCAGUAAACAGAGAUCCACAAUAGAAAAAGACUAUGCCCAGGCACUUUCCAAGCUGGCCAACCAGUAUUUAUCAAAGUCUAAAGACUGGCCCCCUUCUCCUGAUAUAUCCAGUGAUGAUGGAAAAGAUCACAAGACUGCCCAUUCAGUAUGGCGGACAGUGUUGGAACAGACAGAUACAGUUGCUAAGCAACGACUAGAACAUGCAGAAACAAUCUUGCAAAGUAUUCACGAACCUGUAAAACAAGUUAGGACCAAUAAGGGACAACAGGCUAAGAAGGUGUUUGAUCAAGUUAAAGUCUUACAAAAUGAAAUCUCCCAAACUGUCAAUGAAAUGGUCAAAUCUCAGACAGAGUAUUCAAAGGAGGAACACCUAGCCCAUGAUGCAAGAGUGAAGGCUUCAGAAGCUGAACAGAAGUUAAAGAAGAGAUCUAUUGGAUUAUUUUCCUCAAUGGCUUCCCUACAGAAAAACACAGCAAAGUUGACUGCCAGAAAAGAUGCAUGUGAGGUGAAAUCCACCAGUGCCAGAAAUGACUACCUGUUAAACAUGGCUGCUGCUAAUGCCCAGCAUAUCAGACACAGCAGUACAGACCUUCCAGAGCUUAUACAGAAUUUAGAUGGUGAAACGUUCGACAGAAUACGAGACUACUUCUUAGUGCUGGGAACGCUAGAAGUUCAAAGUUGUGGAGUCACACAGGAAUGUUUCAGUAGAGUCUUACUAGAGUCAGGCAUGAUAAGCCAAACAUACAACCUACAGUGUUUCCUCCACAAUAAUUUUGUGUUCACAAAUCUAGUGCAAUAUAAGUUUGAACCAUGUGAUAAUGAUCAGGUAACAGGAAUUUCCACUGAUCACAAUGCAAGAGAGCAGGUAGAAUCUGAGGCCAAGAAAUGGGCAACCAAGGUCGCUAAGGAAUCCAAGGCAAUAAGAGAUUACACUCGCAAAUAUAACGCAUUACAAGCUUCUAUCAACAAUUCUGGCAAUAAAAAGAGGGCGCCUUCAGAAUCAUCAUCUGGAGAUGGUAAGGAGAAGGACAAGAAUGAAGUUGAUCCUGAGACUCGUUUAGAGGAACUAAAACAAUACAUACGCAGAGCUGAGACAGCCAGGAUGAAGGCAGAGGGAAGGUUAGAUUUACUCAGGAUAGCGGGAAUUAAUGUUGAUGAAUGGUUAAGUGUUGCCCAAGCGGAUCAUGAAUCACAUGCAGAUGACCUCGAUGAAGAUGUUACUAGCAGACAUUCUAUGCACUCACAGCACAGUUCGGGAGGGAGUGCUGAAGACCACUCUUCAACCCCAACUAAAAUAUCACAACCAGCCGCAGACAUCAGUUACCAUAACUACCAGGAGGAUGAUCUAGAAUACAUAGACGAUACCUAUGCAGGAGAGUCAACGGGAACUACCCAUAAUGCCUACACAGGGAGUAGGUUGGGACAGGUGUAUCCAGUUCAGUGUCUAGCUCUUUAUGAAUUCCAGGGAAGCAAUCAGGAUGAGUUAACGUUUGCUGAAAAUGAACAAUUGGAACUUAUUGCUGAUGGGGAUGGAGAUGGCUGGGUAAAGGGACGUAACUCCAAUGGAGUAGAAGGAUUUAUCCCUGAAAAUUAUGUCCAAAUCCUGGAUGGAAGUGUUUCUGAGGCAGUAAUCCCUAACAAUAUAGACCACGCAACAGAUCAGGCUAAUUCUGCAACUGAUGAUGCCACAUACUUGGCCAACAGUGUAGACCAACCCACCUCAAUUUCUAGUCUUCAAAGUGGUCACCAGGGGGAGACAGCUCCUAUCGCUAUAGCAACAGAUUUGUCUCAAGAUGGCCGUGCAUCUUAUUCUUCCAAUGAUUACGAGGUGGAACAGGUCAAUGAUGGUCAACAAGUCGUAGAUGAUGGAAUGUGGGCCAGAGCACUGUACGAUUAUGAAGCCUGUACCACAGAAGAACUCUCCUUCAUUGAGGGCCAGCUUAUCAAGGUGCUACGCAAAGAGGAGAAGGGGACAGAUGAUGGGUGGUGGAAAGGGGAGGUGGAGGGAAAAGUUGGAGUUUUUCCAUCUCUUGUCGUUGAGGAAAUCACAAAUAAUGAUAAUGACCAGGAAUUGCACUCGCCAGAAGGAACUUGUCCCCCGAAUUUUGCACCCCCACCCCCAGCUAUGGCACCCCCAGGGCUGACCCCUACAUAUGCCCCAGAGGAUGUCUCACAACCCUCAAAUGAAGCCAUUACCCGUCAAACAGGUAAGAAUUUAUUUUAAGAUGUUGAAAUUGUUUUAUUGUAUCUUGGAACAUCUUGAUGGUGACCGUUAGAAAAUGGUGUUGAAAUGUUGUUUUACCUUAUCCUGAAUUUUUUAAAACCUGAACCCUCCUUGGCAAAAGCUGGCUACUAGCAUGAACGCCCUUACAGGGCAACAUUACCUAGCCAUGUCUCGUCUUAUUCUGAAUUAAACCUCUGAUUUGAAAGCAGUGUUCAGUGUAUUACAGCACUGUAACCCAAGUCACAUACAUGUAAAUCUCAUGUGAAUACCAGUAGAGUACA